AUGUCUUCCAACACACGUGUGGUUCUUCUCGGUACUUGCGACACAAAGUUGGAGGAGCUGCUUUUCCUUCGCAAAGAGAUAGAAGGGAACAAUGUCGAUGUCAUGCUGAUGGAUGUGGGUCGGCGCCACAAGGAGUACGAUGCCAUUACUAUUAGUCAACACCAACUGCUAGAAGAUCACGGAGAUGUGAAAGAUGUGAGCAAGCUACCUCGGGGAGAAGUCAUCAGAACAAUGGCUGCCUGCGCUACCAAAGCUGUGAAGAAGCUUUUUGAAGAAGGAAAGAUACACGCCGCAAUCAAUGCAGGAGGUUCGGGUGGCACAUCGCUCGCCGCGGAAGUGAUGAGAACUGCGCUCCCUAUCGGCUUCCCGAAGCUCAUUGUGUCAACCGUGGCAAGCGGCGAUACUGGACCUAUCGUAGGUGAGACCGACAUCACGAUGAUGUACAGCGUUGUAGACGUGGCUGGUCUUAACCAAGUACUCCGCAACGUGCUCAGCAAUGCUGGAGCAGCCAUCGCCGGAAUGGCUCGCGCAUACGCGUCUCGCCAACAAGAUACAGCUCAACCGCGGAAGAAGCGUGUCGGCAUCACCAUGUUCGGUGUUACUACGCCAGCUGUUGACUUCAUCCGAAAACAUCUCGAAGACAACUACGAUAUCGAGACGUACGUUUUCCACGCUACCGGUCACGGUGGAAAAGCCAUGGAGCGACUUAUUCGAGAAGGGGGCCUUGAUGCAGUCCUGGAUCUUACCACUACCGAGAUAUGCGAUCAUAUCUCCGGCGGUGUCAUGAGCGCCGGCGAGCAUCGCCUCGAAGCCGCCGCAGAAGCCGGAAUACCAAACAUCGUCUCUGUAGGCGCGACGGACAUGACGAACUUUGGUCCCGUGAACACGGUACCGGAACGAUACAAGGACCGCAAGCUAUACGGGCACAAUCCUGUCGUGACCUUGAUGAGGACCUCGGUAGACGAAGCAACCCAAGUUGGCGAAUUCAUUGCGACGAAAUUGAAAAGUCAUGCGAAAACACCAGAAGUGAUUCAGGUCUGGUUUCCGAAAGGUGGUAUCAGCAUGAUCGCGGUCCCUGAUGGACCAUUGGAAGACCAAAAGGCAGAUGCUGCGCUUUUCGAUGCGCUACGAAAUGGACUUCGGGACAGCGAUAUUCAAAUCAAUGAGGAUGAGCGCGCUGUCAACGAUGAGGGCUUUGCGCACGAUAUUGCCGAGGCUUUGGUCGCGAAGAUGGGGAUUGGCGGGAAGGCAAAUUGA